AUGGAGGUCAAAGCAAUCGAACAGGCUGUUCAAACGUUGAAAUCGCGAGUACCAGCUCAAUUAGCGUCACCUGUUAUUGGAAUAGUCUGCGGCAGUGGCCUCGGUACUCUGGCUGACGACCUCGAUUCACGUUUUGAGAUUGAUUACGCUGAGAUUCCUGGGUUUGCGGAGAGCGGCGUCAGCGGCCACAAAUCUAAAUUGGCCUUCGGUUUCUUAGGAAAGGAUAUCAAAGUGCCUGUAGUAUGCAUGCUGGGGAGAUUUCACAUGUAUGAAGGCUGGACAGCUUCUCAGACUAUCUUCCCUAUCCGCACAAUGGCGCACUUGGGCAUUGAUAGCAUCAUCAUCACAAACGCUGCCGGAUCACUCAACCCUCAAAUCCCAUCUGGAACUAUCGUCUCUGUGCACGAUCACAUCGCUUUCCCCGGAUUAACCUCAGAGAACCCACUCAAAGGCCCUCUCGUGCCUAUCCAGACACCAGCAUUGAAGAAAACUACGCCUGAACCACCACAACCACCACGCUUCCUCCCUCAAUCGGACGCGCACAACUUCGAUCUUCGUCUGUUGGCUCACAGAGCAGCCCAUAAGAUUGGUUUGAGCAAGGAUGCCGUGGUUGAGGGUACCUACUGCUGGGUCACCGGUCCAACCUACGAAACUCCAGCCGAGGGCCGCUUACUGAGACAAGCAGGUGCGGACGUCGUUGGAAUGUCAACCAUCCCUGAAGUCAUAGCUGCGCACCACGCUGGAGUCAAGGUUCUCGUUCUCUCGCUCGUUACUAACCUCGUCGUCAUACCAGAAUCAUACCCUUCUGCAAAAGCAAUCGUCGAGGCAGAACUUAACGGCACUCCUCCACCUGUAUACAAAAAGUCUGAGGUAGUUAGCCACAUGGAGGUUCUUGAGGAGGGUCAAAAGAAGGCUCAGGACAUGCGCAGACUUGUUAGCGAAGUGAUCGAAUCUAGAGCACGUUCUCAAGGAUUAGUUUAG